UGUGAAGGGACGCGCAACAGCAUUUGACGCAUAGGGUGGCCUAUGUAACGUUUUCUUGUACACUCAAACCUCAUCAGAACAUCCGUACUUUCGAAGGAGCAUAGCCUGAGCCAGGUCAAACCCUUGUCAGCACGAUUGAACUUCGUGUGCAAAGUACAGAUUGCUAAAGGUUUCCCUUGGUCUCGUGAAGAAAGCCUUAUCAUUAUGAUGCCGCAACUCCCGUUCUGGCAGUAUGUCGCCGCCAUUGCGUUUCUCACAUAUGUUGGCUCUGUGUAUGUCAGGAGGUAUGUCAAGUUCCAGAAGGUCAAGAGUCUCGGGGGAGAGUCACCCAGAGUCACUACAAGAUUUAUCUUCGGUGAGUCUGUUGUUCGUUCCGUGAUGACCAGAGACUCAUGGAUCUGGCAGGACUUGACUUCCCGCUACAUUCCACAAGGGCCAUUGUCAAAAAUGAGGCCCUCGAAUUCUGGCAGUGGAUGUUUGACCACACGAAGACCGGAACUAGCGGGAAUGGCUCGUAUACUUGUGAGCUGCACAUACUGGAGAACGAGAGAGAAUUUGGCAAGGGGCAACAAUUUCACUCUGAAUGGAAAGAUUUCCUAGGUGACAGCAUAUUUACCACAGAUGGACAGCAGUGGCACGAUUCGCGACAACUCAUCCGACCAAUGUUCAUACGCGAAAAGGUCGCUGACCUCCCACUGAUCGAGACUCAUGUCCACAGUUUGAUCUCGCUACUAGGUCCUGGUGAUGGGCGGUUGGUGACGCUAAACCAACUACUCCACCGCUUUACUCUCGACGCCUCAACACAUUUCCUGUUCGGCCAUAGUGUCGGCAGUCUGCAAACAGAGCAGUCAGAGUUUGCAGCUGCCUUUGACGAGGUGCAGCGAGUUCAGUCGCUAGAAUCACGGCUAGGACCAUUCAGACAUUUCCAUUCUAGGCGCUCUUUCUGGGAAUCAUUGCGCACUAUGGAGGCCUUCAUCGAGCCGUUCAUCACGGAAGCUUCGGCGUUGUCUCCUUCUGAGCUGGAGUCCAAGCUGUCUCGAUCCGAGACCUUCAUCCACGCCUUAGCUGCGCAUACUCGCGACCGUAAGGUAAUGCGUGAUCAGCUGACCGCCCUGCUUCUGGCUGGGCGAGAUACUACAGCUGCUACAAUGUCGUGGUUGUUCUUGGAGCUGGCCAAGAAUCCACGCGUUGUCGAGAAGUUGCGGGCAGAAAUCGUGGACUUCUUAGGAAUUUAUGGCCGCCCACCCUCCUAUCAGGAGGUCAAAGACAUGAAGUAUCUGACCUAUACCAUCAACGAAACCUUGCGACUGUACCCGGUCGUACCCUUCAAUGUCCGAUGCGCGCUAACAGAUACGUCGGUGCCACGCGGAGGAGGCGUGUACGGCAAUGGCCCUGUCGGUUGCCCGAGUGGUACUGCCUUCGGCUACAGUCCUCUUAUGAUGCACCGUCGAAGAGACCUGUAUCCGCCCAUAUCAGAAGCAUUUCCUUAUGACCCUCUUGAGUGGGUGCCGGACCGGUGGGCAACAUGGACUCCAAAGGCGUGGAACUUCAUUCCCUUCAAUGGAGGACCACGGAUCUGCAUAGGGCAGCAAUUUGCGAUGGUCGAGAUGGGUUAUACUAUUGUCAGAAUUCUGCAAGAGUUUGAUCAGAUCAUCGACUAUGAGAACGACCGCAGUAUGCACGCAGAUAUCAUUCUAACACCAGCGAACGGUGUCAAAGUCGGGUUUGUCAAGCAUGGGGCGCAUGGUGGUAAACGGGAAAGGUGACUGGAAAUGUGUGCAUUUAAUUAUGAUAGUCUUGCCUCGGGCGAAUGCUCUAGAAUAUAAAAGCCAGACGAUGUCGGCGAUGAUAUGCGUACUUUGCC